CUGCGCUUCUUUAUGGUAGAUUUAUGACGGAAAAAACGUGUGUCACUUCACAGCGUGUGUAUUAAAGCUGCACUUCCGGUAUCGGUAUUGUUCUUACAGCUCGAGCAGGUUUGAGGAGCUCUGAGUUUAAGUUCACUCCCGUCUCCUCGCCUGUGUUCGCGCCUGGGUCCACCACACACUCUCCACAAGGUCUGCCUCCGCUGGCCGUGACAGCUUUCCUAAUUAAUGCGUGUGUGUCUUUGGUCCUCUGUCCUCAUGACUCGGGUCUUCGUUUACGGCACUCUGAAGAAGGGGCAGCCCAACAACUACCGCAUGUUCGACAGCAACAAUGGAAAGGCCGAGUACCUGGGUUCGGCGUUCACCAUCCAGAAAUAUCCGCUAGUGAUCACGACCAAGGACAACAUCCCUUUCCUGCUCAACAUCCCUGGCCAGGGUCACCGAGUGCACGGGGAGAUCUACAAAGUGGAUGACCAGAUGCUGAAAUUCCUGGAUGACUUUGAAAGCGUCCCAACGUUGUACCAGCGGACGGUGGUCCAGCUGGAGGUGAAGGAGUGGGUGGGGAAGAUGGAAGGAGAGGAGAAGGUGUCACCGGGGAGCAUCAUGGAUGCGUUUGUGUACACCGCAACGUACGAGCCAGACUGGCGCUCGCUGCCGUGCUACGAGAACUACGACUCAGAGGGAGAUCAUGGGCUCAAAUAUAGGCGUAGAGAAGAGCGGGACUGAUCUCAUCAUGCUGAUGCAACUGACAAACGGACCUCUAUGUGGUGUUAGCAGAACGGGUAGAGAAGCUCUCAGGAAAACAACACCUGGACAUGGGUGCUGUUUCCUGUCGUGUGUCGAAUUGAAAGAAAUGGUAAAUGGCCUGUAUUUAUACUAUACAGGCCAUUUACAUUGCAUACAUUGCAUAAUUAUGAUUAAGGAAAUCACAAGAGAAAUUAAUUUUAAUAGCAGAUAGGCAGGCUUAGAAUCAAAGUAAGGAUAGUGUAGAGAAGGAAAAGGGCACACUGUGCCACUGAAAGUUGCAGAUUAGUGAUGUUGUUUACAAAUUUGGUUUUCUUUUUAUGAUAUAUAAUCAUCUGGGAAGCAUUAUGAGUAAUGUAUGGCCAGCCUGUGCUUCAUAAAAAAGUGAUUGCAUAGAAGUCUGGGAGGAAAUGACCCAGCUGCUGAUCAAUGUGUGGUGUCAAUGCCAUUAAACAAAACACAUUGUGUCAUUUGAUACCCCUGCUCUUAGCAGUGCUGUCAAACAUAAGCUCCGGGUGCUAGAUUCAGCCCAGCAAAGGCUGCCAAUUUGACCCACUGGGUGGGCUUUGGAAAUUUUUAUAGCAUUUUUACACACUGAUAAAGAUCUGAUUUUUAACAUUUCUUUUCAUUUACUAUGGUAGAAAAAAUGAUUUGCACUUUAAAUGUGUAGUUAAAUGUGUUUAUACUGACAGAAAGGAGAUUUUCACUGAGUUUGACACUCUAGGCUUAGAGCAUUUAUAUUACACAGAUAUGAACUCUGAUUUUACACUAAUCUGCAGACAAUGUGUUUAAUAUUUACAUUCUGCACAUCUUUGUUUACCUCAAAAAUAAAAAUUCACCGUGAUUUUUUUUGUAUGAUCUUCCAUGUGCUGUGUUCAUCCCCUCUAAGGGAUAAACUCAAUAAAAAAAGAAAAAAAGAAA